AUGCCUAAGCAGAAGAACAUGCGCGAUCUCAGCAAGCUCUCAGGGAAGCCGCUUGCAGAGACAAUCGAGCCAUCCCCAGCUCUACUUAAUAAUGACAUAGAAUCUGGCUGGCUCACUUCAAAAGAUCUUUGGGAAGAUGGCCUACCUUUCACUCCGGAGAUCAUCUACAACAUGUUAGUUUUUCUCCUGGCCAAUCCUAACAUCACCUCGACCCAUCUCUUCCGGGCAGACAUACUUUUCGACAGCCUAGGCCUUCUCAAAACACCCCAUGAAAAUGAAAGGGAAUUUGGCAUGUAUGUAAGCGGUGAUGAUAGAGCGUCAGAGACUCAGACCACUGCUAAACCUGUGAUCAAGGUCCAGGAUUUUGACCUGAAAAGGACUGUCGUGCGGCGAUUGGUUCCACGAAAUCCAAAAUUGGACAAGCACUUAGACCAAACAUGCUAUUUCUACUCUCCGAGAGGAAGUCUUUCCAGCAGUUUGCUGGCAGCGACAGAUGGACGUCUACUAUUCGUUUAUGUACCACAUGUCGAAUCGCAUGUCGAAAUGCCAUUCUACCACCCUAUGGUCAAGGGUCUCGCCUAUCUUUAUGACUUCAAAUCUGGACCAGAGUCGGGUUCUGGGUCUGGGGCGAUGUCGAUCCAUUUCUUGCCGUUCUCAAAAGACAUUCCAAAUCGACUAGAACGAACACUACACUCAAUUCUCAAUACAAACAUCCGACUCGCACGAAGUACAAAGCCCCAACUUACGGUCUCAACAGAAAUAGUUGGGAGAAACAAGUCUAAAGACAAUAUUGUUCCGCAACAUUCAGUCCAGAACACAUAUACAAGGUUGAAGCUCCAGUAUGCGGACCACCUCUGUGAAAAAUGGGUUGAAGAAACCGAACCUGCAAAACACGUCUUUGAAGAUCUAUCUAUUGCCGCAUUUCUCAUAGAGCUCUGGCGCAAUAUGUAUGGAGUAGCUCCAUCUGCUGAGAAAGCCCAGGAAGAGGAUAAAAUCGUCUUUCCUGGUUUCAUUGACGUUGCAUGUGGCAAUGGAGUUUUAGUCUACAUUUUACUGAUGGAAGGAUAUGAAGGCGGGGGCUUUGAUGCUCGACGCCGCAAGUCAUGGAGCAUCUUUCCUGCGAAUGUCCAGGAACGGCUUCUGGAGAGAAUCUACAUCCCAAAACCUUUUAUGGAUGUGCAUGGUCCUGGAGAACUGAGUGUGGAAACUUAUACCGGAGAUUUCCCACGUGAUACAUUUAUUAUAUCAAAUCAUGCCGACGAGCUGACCGUCUGGACCCCCCUGAUGGCUGCUCUUGCUUGCCCUACGUCCCCUCUCCCGUUUCUUGCAAUCCCCUGUUGCUCGCACUCGCUCUCAGGCUCUCGUUACCGCUACCCGCCUCCAAAGAAACCGCUCAAUGAAGCCAAAAGAGAUUCUUCGAGCAAGAUCCAAGAUGAUAAUAAAGAUGAAUCUGUGGAACAGAACCCACAGCCUGCAUCAGGAGACCUGAAGGCUCUCCGAGCGGUGAAGAACAACGAGAAGACCAAGGAUGGCCUACAGAACUCUAUGUAUGGCUCACUCACUGCGAAAACCAUGGCUAUCGCGAAGGAGAUUGGAUACAGUGUCGAGAAGACUCAACUUCGCAUUCCAAGUACGCGGGAUAUGGGCGUGGUGGGAGGCCGACAAAUGGUUGCUCAAAGAUGGAGAAACAAAAGUGGUGACAGCCCUGAAUCUACAAUAAUUCCGGAUGUAACGCAAGGCGUCUUGGAAAUUGUUGAGAGAGAAUGUUCCAGAGAGGGUGGUAUUAAAAUUGCUGCAAGGAUCUGGUGUGAGCGAGCAAAUGGUCACCAUAAAGGCAAAUGA